ACCACCUGCACUGAGGAGGAGGGCAUGACUUCCUCCAUGGAGGCCCCCAAGCCCACUGGCCCUGCUCCCGUCCCAGAGCACUCCACCCCAGCUGUUCCCGCUGUCCCGGAGACCUCCACCACCUGCACUGAGGAGGAGGGAAAGCCCACUGGCCCUGCCCCGGUCCCAGAGAACUCCAAGCCCGCUUACCCCUCUGUUCCUGAGGUCACUAAGCCCGCCUACCCCUCCGUCCCUGAGGUCUCCAAGCCCGCGGUUCCCGAGGUCCCUGCUCCCUCCAAGCCAGCUUACCCCACCGUUCCCGAGGCCUCCAAGCCUGCCUACACCCCUGAGGUCCCUGCCUCCUCCAAGGAGGUUGAGAAGCCCAAGCCCACUCCCAGCGCCACCCACGGCUCUGACAAGCCCAAGCCCACCGGCAGCUACAACAACGGUGAGCACAUCAAGACCAACGGCGACAAGUGGGCCAUUACCUACACUCCUUACGCCAACGACGGUAACUGCAGGACCGCCGAGCAGAUUGCUGCCGACAUCAAGAAGAUCUCUGAGCUCGGUUUCACCACCAUCCGCUCUUACAGCACUGACUGCGGUGUCUUCGAGCACGUUGUCCCUGAGUGCACCAAGUACGGACUGAAGGUCAUCUACGGCAUCUUCCUCGAGGCUGGUGGCAAGGCCGGAAAGGGUCCCUUCUCCAGCUACGCCAACGACCAGUUGAACGACAUCAAGGAGAACGCCCCCAAGGACUCCGUCGCCAUGGUCAUUGUCGGAAACGAGUGCGUCUUCAACGGUAACUGCGAGGUCAGCGAGCUUGGUUCCUACCUCGACUACGUCCGUGAUGAGCUCCGUGGCGCCGGCUUCCCCUCCGACAUCGCUAUCACUACCACUGAGACUGUUGGCUCGUGGGAGGAGAUCGGUGAUGCUCUCUGCUCCCACAUCGACAUCUUCACCGUCCAGAUCCACCCCUACUUCACCCAGUCCGUUACCGCUGAGAUGGCUGGUGACUUCGCCGCUCAGCAGCUCGAGCAAGCCGCCAAGGUCUGCCCCGAGGCCGCUGCCAAGGGCAAGUUCAUCACUGAGAUCGGCUGGCCCAGCGCCGGUAACUCCAACGGCAUGGCUGUUGCCGGUGUCCAGGAGCAGAAGACUGCCAUGAAGAAGAUUCUCGAGACCGUCGGUCCCGAGUCCUGCGUUUUCUCCUUCGCCAACGACGGCUGGAAGGCGCCCGGUGACCUUAACGUUGAGCAGAACUUUGGCUGCGUCGACGCCCUUCUCGAGGACCUUAACAUCUCUGUCGAUGUCUCCUUGUAGAGUGCCCAUGUAGCUCGUAGCUAUUUUGUCAAUUAUUUAUAGCUACGUUACGCGAUUAUGUCUUGCAUCUGUCUUCAUUCUGACCAUAACAUGUUUACUGCAAGUCGAUAGCGAAGGUGGCUUGGAGGUAGUUUUUAGUGUUUAAUCUAUUUGCCAACAAAUAGCAAUAUCCUGUUGAAACAAGCUUUGGUAUGUGCGCAAUGUUCGGAUCCGUGAAAUCACUCAUACUGUGGGUCAGCGGCGGUUGGUAAUCUUCUCGGUGGGACGCAAUUUGGACGCAGCAUGGAUGCUGCGACAAAGCCGGAAAUCAGGCGGUGGAAGUCCGAUACUGUCAUCGACCAUAGCUAGAUAUCUUACCAACAGCGUUGGUUACAAAAAUUAGUAGGCCGUUUGCGGGGUUACUGUGCCGCAUGAGCACAGACCUAGGUCCCUUCUGAUGCACAUGCGUUGAGAU